AUGUUGUCUCCCUCCAGCGGCGAUUCGCCUCCCUCUGUUCCAGAUUCGAAGCCGCCAUGGGAACACAAUGGUGCCCACACGCCGCCAGAAAAUCAGAGCUUCAAUCUCUCCUUACCCGGCCAUACCGGUGUCUUCAUGGCCGCCUUUGCUUCCGUGCCUCCAUUCUGUUUCUUCAUUCUCCUGGAACUGUGGAACAGCACUUCGCUGUGUGGCAUGGGGAAUUCGAGGUCGGUUUGA